AAGACUUUCAAGUUCCCGGAAUUGAAAGCUGAAGUUUGUCUGACAGCAGAGCAGCAAGUCUCUCCGUUUCUCUCUGAAGAAACACUCGACUGAAUCCAGCAGCUUUUCCUCACAGAAGGAUCUCUGCAAACACUGAGUGUAGACAUGUCUGCUGCCAGCUGUCUACUGACUGAAGAUCAGUUCCUGUGCUCCAUCUGUCUGGAUGUGUUCACUGCUCCAGUCACCAUACCAUGUGGACACAACUUCUGUAAAGCCUGCAUCACUCAACACUGGGACACCAAAGUCCCCUAUCAGUGUCCCAACUGUAAUAAGCUCUUCCACUCAAGACCUGAGCUGCUGGUCAACACCUUCAUCUCUGAGAUGGCUGCUCAGUUCAGACAGUCAGCUCAACAGAAAUCCAGCAGCAGCAGCUCAGAGCAACAAGCUGUCCAACCAGGAGAAGUUCCCUGUGACGUCUGCACUGGAACCAGACUGAAGGCUCUGAAGUCCUGCCUGGUGUGUCUGGCCUCCUACUGUGAGACUCACCUGGAGCCUCAUCUGACAAUGACAGGUCUGAAAAGACAUCAGCUGAUCGACCCUGUGGAGAACCUGGAAGGCAGGAUGUGUGUGAAGCACGAUAAACUGCUGGAGCUGUUCUGUAAGACCGACCAGGUGUGUGUCUGCAUGCUCUGCACCGUUUCAGACCACAAGACCCAUGAUGUGGUUCCUCUGAAAGAAGGAUAUGAAGGAAAGAAGGCAGAGCUGGGGAAGACAGAGGCUGAAACUCAGCAGAUGAUCCAGAAGAGACGCCUGAAGAUUCAGGAGAUGAAACGCUCAGUGGAGCUCAGUAAGGAAGCAGCAGACAGAGAGAUAGCAGGUGGUGUUCAGGUCUUCACCGCUCUGAAGGAGUCUGUUGAGAGAAGCCAGGCCGAGCUCAUCGUCACCAUCACAGAGAAGCAGAGAGAGACAGAGGAACAGGCUGAAGGCUUCAUCAAAGAGCUGGAACAGGAGAUCUCUGAGCUGGAGAAGAGAAGCACUGAGGUGGAGCUGCUGUCACGCUCUGAAGACCAGCUCCACCUCCUCCAAAGCUUCACCUCCCUGAACGCUGCUCCACCCACCAAGGACUGGACAGGAGUCAGGGUCCGUCCACCUUCAUAUGAGGGGACUGUGGUGAGAGCUGUGACUCAGCUGGAGGAGACGCUCAGUGAACAGAUGAAGAAGCUGCUCGCUGAGGUCGAGCUGAAGAGGGUCCAGCAGUAUGAGGUGGAUGUGACUCUGGAUCCUGAUACAGCACAUCCCAACCUCAUCCUGUCUGAUGAUGGAAAACAAGACUGUGGUGAUGUGAGGAAGAAUCUCCCAGACAAUCCAGAGAGAUUUGAUUAUUGUGUUAAUGUCUUAGCAAAGCAGAGUUUCUCUUCAGGUAGAUUUUAUUACGAGGUUCAGGUUAAAGGAAAGACUAACUGGGAUUUAGGAGUGGCCAGAGAGUCGAUCAACAGGAAGGGAGACAUCACACUGUCUCCUCAGAAUGGUUACUGGACGAUAUGGUUGAGGAAUGGAAAUGAGUACACAGCUCUUGCUGAUCCUUCAGUCAGUCUCUCUCUGAAGUCUCAGCCUGAGAAGGUGGGGGUGUUUGUGGAUUAUGAGGAGGGUCUGGUCUCCUAUUAUGAUGUUGAUGCUGCAGCUCUGAUCUACUCCUUCACUGGCUGCUGCUUCACUGAGAAACUCUACCCAUACUUUUGUCCCUGCUUUAAUGAUGGUGGUAAAAACUCUGCCCCUCUGAUCAUCUCUCCUGUCAAUCACACUGAGUACAACAGACAUUUGUAAAUUGUAAACAUUGUACAUUUUUCAGAAUCUGUUCGCAGAUUUUUUAUUUGAUGAGUAUGUUGUAAAGUAGUCUACAGAUUGCACUUCCUGCCAUCAUGCCUCACAAUGAUGAGAAAACCGUUUCUUCAAAAAUAAAUAUUUUCUAUAAAAAUGUUUUAUACUAGCACACAUAACUGAUGGAGGUAAUGCACUCCUCUCAUAAGUAAAAUACUUUAUUCAGGGGUUUUGCUAGAAAAAUAUAGAACGAGGCGCUAACCUCACUUCCUGUCUAAAUUAAGCCCCGCCCACUUUCUGUUGAAAAUCCAGAGUCAGACCGAAGAGGAAAAUAAUAGUGUCUUCACGUCUUAAAGCUGCUGAGUCAUAUAUUGCACCUCAAAUAACACAUAAAUCCAGAGCUCCGGUUUCUUUACUUCCUCUCCAGAAAAAAGGAGAGUAAAAGAAAGGAUCAGAAAUCUCAGUCUCAGUGUCAGCCUGCUGCCUCGUCCCCCGGCAGACCCACCGGACAUCCAUCCCCUAUUUGUCCUCCGUAAACCAGGGGUGUCCAAACUUUUUCACCGAGGGCCACAUACAGAGAAAUAUACAGAGAAUACACGGAGAGCUGGGCCCCUUAUAGAGGUGAAUAUUGCCUCAAAAGUUAAGUUAUAAGUGAGCAAAACAGAUCAAAUGUAGGAGAAUAAUGCGUGAUACAUGAAAAUGCUUUAAGAAAAAAAGGCUGCAUCCCUUCUGUCUUUAGGGUUUCAUUUAUUUAGUUGGCAGCUCAUUCCUUAAAACAGAAGCCUCAGAUUGCUUAUAAUAAGAGUAAAUAUGAAGGUUCCAUUCCAUGCUUGUUAGGGAAACAAGUUAUUGGGGGUUUUUAUCAACUCAGAUUUGUUAUAAAAUGUUUAACAUUUUAAAUGACUGAAUUUAUUUGAAAAUUGGGCUCAUUAAUAUAUAUGACCAUAUAUAUUUGGGAAGUACAAUAAAAGACAAGCAAAAGUUUCAUUUGUGGGCCAUAUUGCAUUAUAGUUUUAGAAUUAGCAGAGGGCCGAUUCAGAAUGGCCUGCGGGCCGCAUUUGGCCCCCGGGCCAACGUUUGGACACCCCUGCCGUAAGCUGUCUCUGCCGUCUGACCACACAUCUGACCUCAUCUCCAUAUCUCGGGACUCAUUAAACCCUUUCUGACCAACAGAGAGAUUGAUUUCUGGCAUCACUUUAACAUUUUACGGGGGAAAUCUGCAUUUUGGUUUCAGGGCGCACGGUUUUCACAAAACCCUGGUAUACACAGAUACUGUAUAUAUUACUUUACUUUAUUUUUAAAAGUGUUUACUUUUUUAUAUUUUUUAUUGAGGGAAAAAUGAUGGGUGUGUCUGAUAUGUAUUAAAGGGGUACAUUCAGGAUUCAGCCUUGAAUUACAGUAUACUGGUACUCAACUAAUUGACAGCUACUUAUCACAAUAUCUGAUCCUAAAACAUUAGGCGGCAGUGGUUUCACACACCAGGGGAAUGAACAGGUAUCAUCUCCGGUGUGUUGUGUUAUGGUAAAUUGUUCUUUCUGCAUUGCUUGUAAAGUUUGAUCAACAAAACCUCAAUGGAUUAAAAUAAAAAGAAAGAAAGGAA